AUGAUGCACAUGGCGGACAUGUUCAAGGUUUUCGCCCCCUACCGGGGCAACUCGGUUGUCAUCCCCGGAAGGGGCGGACGGCACUGGACCCAGAUCAGCGACCAGCCCAAUCGGGACCUGCCCGUAGGCGAUCCGGCCAUGGGUGGCCAUGCCUCCUUUGGGUUAGGUGUGGCCCUGUCCAUGCCUGAAGAGAGGGUGAUUCUCUUUGAUUCCGAGGGCGACAUACUCAUGAACAUGGGCGCCCUGCCCACCAUUGCCGAAAAAGCCCCGAAGAACUUCUACCACUUUAUGUUGGACAACGAGUGCUACGCCACCACCGGCGGCCAGCCCGUACCCAACGCCAAGAACAUUGCUUACGAAGUCAUCGCCAAGGGUUCCGGCUAUCCGGCUACCUAUGCCUUCGAUAACCUGGAAGACUUCACCAACAAUAUCGAGGAAAUCCUGGGGCAGCCCGGGCCAGUCUUCGUGGCCCUGAAGGUGGAGCCGGAAAUCGAGAACGAGCCCAUCGGCAAUCGCGUCCGCUGGCAGACCCGCUCCCGAACCCAGGUAAUUGACGACCUGAAGGUAGAAUUGGGGAUUAGCGGGCCCUAG